AAAGAAGCCUUUCAUGUUGCUCAAGAUGAUAUUAAUUUUCAAGGUGAAGGUUAUGAUGAAGCUUAUAAUAAUUUUCAAAAAGGUAUUUCAUCUAAUAUUAGAAAUUAUGAUAAGGAUAAUUAUGAAAGUAUUUAG